UCACAUAUUUUUGUGCUACCAAACACUAGAAUUGGAAUUGUUAUCCUCAAUUCUAAUUCCAUGGUUUGAAUUCUGUGUACCAAAUGGAGAACGAGUGUUUUUCUUUUGGUGUUAAAAUUGAUUGUACUUGACUCAUCACACACACAAAAUUGAUAGUUGAGCAAUUUAUUUUUAGUGUACAGUUGUACACCAAACACGAACCUAAGCAAAUGAUGCUUUAGUUUCUCAUGUAUUAGAUCUGUCCAAAAUAAAGUUCUCCUUCUUUAUACUCCCUCCGUCCCUAUUUAAUCACAACACUUUGACUUGCACACACUUUUAGAAAAAGGCUAUUUAAUUCUAAUCAAAUAUGGAUUACAUAAGUUCAAACCCAACUUCAUCCACACUUCAUGUGUUUGACCUGAAUCUCCCCCCUGCGACUGCCCAUGACUUCGAUCUCAACGAGGCUCCGACGCCGGCUUCACGUGGAGACGAACCGUCUUUUGAAGACGAUCUGUCUUUUGACGACACAGUAGUUCCAAGCCUUAGCAUUCGAGGUUAUUUCAGCGAUAUGGCACGUUUAGCCGAGGUUAUUUCCCCACGGAUAGCUCUGACAAACACAUCGACUUCUCGUGGAGUGCAUACCGGGCCGCCCGAAGAACCUGUGCACGAAAACGAAGCGGAACAGCAUGAGAACAAUACAACGCACAGACUAUCUGAUAUUCAAAAGAAACGCAUAUUUGAAAUGCUAAUGGGAAAAGCCAAAGAAGACUGUAAACUGAUCAAUAGACAGUCUCAAAAACCAAAAAGCUCCAAGGAACAUAUAUGAACUGAUCAAUGCAGUGCAGACUGCAUUUGAGGAGUUAACCCCUCAAAAAUUGACUAAGGUCUUCUUGACCUUACAAUGUGUGAUGGAACAGAUUCUAGUGCAAAAAGGAGGAAACAACUACAAGAUACCACACAUUGGGAAAGACAGACUAGAGAGGAUGGAUCAGUUGCCUGAGAAUAUUCAAGUCAGUAUGGAAGUGGUGGAGGCAGCCAGGAACUUCUUAGCAAAACAGGGGGCUGGUAACAACUGACUUGGAAAUACAAUCUAAGUUCUUUGUUUUAAUUUUUGCUUUUUGGAGGGACUUGUCCUAAUGAACUGUGGAGUUCUUG